AUGGGUGCGGGGGCUGGGACGCUGCUGCUGGCGCUGCUGCUGCUGGCGCGGGUGGCCCCCGAGGGGCCGGAAGUGCCGCCGGGAGAGGAGCCGCUGUCAGGUCCCCUGAACACCAUGCUGCUCUCAAAACCUUGUGGCCAUCGGAAUAUGAAGUCGCUGAUCGUGGGCGGGGUGGAGUCGGUCCGGGGGCGCUGGCCGUGGAUGGCCAGCCUGCUCAGGGAUGGUGUGCCGGUCUGUGGGGGAACCCUGCUUAACAACCGCUGGGUGCUGACAGCUGGGCACUGCGUGGCAAAGGCCCGGGAUGUACACAGGUGGCACGUGCAGCUGGGUGAGCUGAUCAACAAGGCGCCUUUCUACAACCUCCGCGCCUGGUUCACCCGGUACAGUGUGCGGAGGAUUGCUCUGUACCCUGAGUUCAAGGGCAAGGCCAACGACAUCGCCCUGCUGCAGCUGGCCUCCCUGGUGACCUACAGCAGCUACGUGCAGCCCGUCUGCGUCCUGUCCUCCACCGCCAUGUUCCAGCACAGGCCUGACUGCUGGACCACUGGCUGGGGCAAGAUCUUAGUCAAUGAGAGCAAAAGGCCCACUCCCUUCGGCCUGCGCGAAGUGCAGCUCAGCGUCCUGAACGCCUCCCUGUGUAACUCCCUCUUCACGCUGCCCGCCGAACGCCGGUCAGUUCGAGAGAACAUGAUCUGUGCCGGCCGAGAGGAAGGCGGUAUAGACGCCUGCAGUGGCGACUCUGGUGGACCCUUGGUCUGCGACAUCGAUGGUAUCUGGUACCAGGUUGGAGUUGUGAGCUGGGGUGUGGGCUGCGGGCUGCGCACCCGACCUGGUAUCUACACCAACGUCAGUUUCUACUUCAGCUGGAUAAGAUUGCUGACAGCCCGUGGUGCACCUUCGCCAGACCUCUCCCCUGUGUUGCUGCUGCUGCUCGCUCUGCCUGCUGCCGCCCCAGGCCUGUGGGCAGCUUGA